AUGGGGAAGGAAGAAAUAAAUCUGUUGUUAUUCACAAAUGCCAUGAUUGUCUACGCAGAUAGUCCAAAGGAAUACACAAAAUACCUACUAGAAACAACAUGGGAUUUAGAAAGUUCCUGGCACACGAAGUCAAUAACUCAAAGCGGCAUCACACGAGUGGACGCCAAGACAGCCCACAUUCAACAGAGCACACCACCAACCCUCUCAGCCCACCUCCCUGUCACAGUCGCUUGCGUCUGCAGAGUGCGCAGUCACACAGUCUUCCCGCGCGACCAACUGCUCCCUAGUCUAGCCAACUGCCAUUAUUCGGGCGGGAAGCCAGGAGGUCAAACCAUGCUGAGCCUCCUACUUCUUCUGCUCAUUGGGCUCAGUGGGCUCCAGACAGACCACUGUAAGUUGGAAAAGCCCUCCCCUGUUCUUCGGGGACUUGUCAGCUGUCAACGUGCAAGCCCGAGCCCACCCAACCAUGCGCCUUCCCCAACCAAAAUUCACCUUGGAAUGGGCAAGGGGGCGGAGGAGGCCCGACAUGACCUGGGAAAAAUGGGCCCCCCCUGGACUCUGGUGAAAGCCUCAAAGCUAGAGUUUCAGACGCUGCUUUGCCUUUCUAACUGUGAUCCUGAAAAACUACGGGUACAAAUCACAGUUCCGGAGAAAAUACGGUCAAAAAUAAGCGAGGGAGUUGAAUCACAGGAAGGGGAAACAGCUAGUACAAAUAUCCUGAGGAAGAAUUUUUUACCUCAGGAUUUUAGAGUUUAUGGUUAUAAUGGCACAGGAAGUAUGAAACCUCUUGAACCAAAUUUUCAGAAUCUCUGCAAUUACCAAGGGUUUAUUGAAGGUUUUCCAAAUUCUGUGGUGAUUGUAAGCACAUGCACUGGACUCAGGGGUUUACUGCAAUUUGAAAAUGUCAGUUAUGGAAUUGAACCCCUGGAGUCUUCCAUUGGAUUUGAACAUGUGAUUUAUCAAGUCAAACAUAAGAAUGCAGGUGUUUCUUUAUAUGCUGAGAAGGAUAUUGACUCAAGAGAUAUGCCCUAUAAAAUACAAAGUAUAGAGCCAGUAUCAGAUUUCUCUCGGUUUAUAGAAAUGCAUGUUGUAGUUGAAAAAAAUUUGUUUGAUCACAUGGGCUCUGACACAGCUAUUGUCACUGAAAAAAUUUUCCAGUUGAUUGGGUUGAUCAAUGCUAUUUUUACUUCAUUUAAUGUUACAGUAAUUCUGUCUUCAUUGGAGCUUUGGAUAGAUGAAAAUAAAAUUUCGACUGCUGGAGAUGCUAAUGAGUUAUUACACAGAUUUUUAACGUGGAAAAGAUCUUAUCUUGUUUUGCGUCCACAUGACGUGGCAUUUUUACUCGUUUACAGAGAAAACUCAGAUUAUGUUGGUGCGACCUUUCAAGGGAAGAUGUGUGAUAGCAAGUACGGAGGAGGUGUUGCUCUGCACCCCAAAACUAUAAGUCUGGAAUCACUUGCAGUUAUUAUAGUUCAAUUACUGAGCCUGAGUAUGGGGAUACCUUAUGAUGACAGCUCGAGAUGUCAGUGCUCAGGAGCUGUCUGCAUAAUGAGCCCGGAAGCAAUUCUUACCAGUGGCAUGAAGAUCUUUAGUAACUGCAGCAUGGAGGAUUUUGCACGUUUUAUGUCAGAGCCUAAGUCCCAGUGUCUUCAAAAUCAGCCACACUUAGGUCCAUCCUACAAGGUGGCAGUUUGUGGUAAUGGAGAAGUGGAACAAGGAGAGCAAUGUGACUGUGGGUCUGCAGAGGAUUGUGCUGCCCAGUCAACACCAUGCUGUAGUAGUGGCACUUGUACACUGACACCAGGGUCACAGUGUGCUCAUGGAGAGUGCUGUCAUAAUUGUAAUUUUAAGGUAAAAGGAGAAGUGUGUAGGUCUGCCAUGGAUGAAUGUGAUCUAAAUGAAUAUUGCAAUGGAUCAUCUGCAGCAUGCCAAGAAGAUCUUUUUAUUCAGAAUGGACAUCCAUGUGGAGGGAAUCAAUGGAUCUGUCUGGACGGAAAAUGUAUGGAUGGGAUGAAACAAUGUAGCAGUAUAUUUGGUGAAGGUACAGGAUUUGGUUCUCAAGAAUGUUAUACUGAAAUUAAUUCUAGGGCUGAUCGAAGUGGAAAUUGUGGUUUAACGCCUGGUGGAUACACAGCUUGUAAAUCUAAAGAUCUGCAAUGUGGAAAAUUAAUAUGUGAUUACAAAAGAGAUACAAUAUUUAAAACCCGUGAAGCCAUUGCUCUUUAUAGCAACGUACGAGGGCGUACCUGUGUCACCUUGGAGUAUUCCAGUGAUCACCCUAAGAGCCAACUUAUGUGGGUAAAAGAAGGAACUAUUUGUGGUCAAAAUAAGGUUUGCAAGAAUAAGGAAUGUGUAGAUUCCACAUACUUGAAUUAUGACUGUACUCCAGAGAAAUGCAAUAGCCAGGGUGUAUGCAAUAAUAAAAAGAACUGUCAUUGUAACCCUACCUAUCUACCUCCAAAUUGCCAAUAUGCACAUGAAUCAUGGAUAGGAGGCAGUGUUGACAGUGGAAAUUUUCCACCUACUAUACCCGGCCUCACUGGCAGGAGCUACAUUGAAUUUGAUUACCACGCCAAACCUACGAAAUGGCCAUUUUUCUUGCUCAUUCCCUUUUUCAUUGUUCUCUGCGUACUGAUUGCUGCACUGGUAAAAGUUAAUAUUCAAAGAAAAAAAUGGAGAUCAGAGGACUAUACAAGUGAUGAGCAACUUGAAAGUGACAGUGAACCCAAGGAAACAACAGAGAAUCCAUGAUAUCAAAGUGAGUGUCAAAUAAUUUAAGGGAGACACAGAGGAAGAGGGAGCGAAUGAGAAUUUAAUGCAUUAAAUAAAUAUAAAUAAUAUAUAUUAAAUGACAAUUGUCAUGUAGCUACAUAUCACAACAAGAAAAUAAACUCAAGAAUAUUUUCAAUAUUGAAAGUUUUAUCAUAGAGAAUGUAAAACUAUAGUUAACGUUUCAUUUUUCAUAUGCUAAGUUUUUUAAAUGUCUUGCGGUAUCUUUUAAUUUUUUUCUAAUAAAGUUUAAGCCUUUAACAUUUGUGUAUUAGCAAAACGUCUGUUAAAAAAAAAUACAUAAUAGUUUAUUUCACAAUAAUUUUAUGACCUUCAUGCUAUUUGUUGAUUUAACCAUAACUUAACAUGAUUCGUCAUACAGGUGACU